CGCGCGUAGAGCGCGGGUUGGAUCUUCCUUGCGCCGCCUGGCCGCACCUCGGUGCUUUCACGCCGCUCGCGACGUCGCCAGCCGCGGCCUGCACUCGCCUCACGACAGUUUUUCCUUCACGAUGCUUCUGGCUACUCUUCGUGCUGAUAAACAUAUCAUUCGCGGUGCUCCUCACGUGGAUGCUGUACUUGCGGUUCGAGGCGAUGCCCACGCGCAUCACGAUCGAGAACCAGUUCGAGCCCGUCGCCCAGCUGCCUUACCCAGCCAUCACGCUCUGCUCACCUAAUCAGAUGACUAUCAGCGCUAUGGAGCAUUUUAAUGAUACCCUUGUCAACGGUAAUCGGUCGGUGGACAUCCAGUACAUCCUGCCACAACUCCUCGGCUUCUACCAGCUGAUGACCGUCGACGUCGACAGCCUGGCUCAGCUACAGAGCCUCAUCGAAGCCAACCGAUACUCUGUCCCCGAUGUGAUGGUGAUGCUUGCCCAGAACUGCGACGACUUCCUCCGCGUGUGCAUCUUCAAGCAGCGCCUGUACCCGCAUUGCCGGGGCCUCUUCCGACCCAUCCUCACCAAGCACGGCCUCUGCUGCAUCUUCAACAGCAUGUACCAUUACAAGAAGAAUAGAAGGAACGAGCACGACCGCGAGUUCAAGCCGCUCCUGAUCGGUACUACGGGCUUCAACGACGGGCUGGUCGUCAUUACAGACUUCAACCCCGCAAAUGCUCUGGACUACACCAUCCCCGGUGCAGGCGCUACUCGGGUGAUGUACACGGACUGGACGGAGUUCCCUGCGGACGAUGAGUCCAUGCUGAUCCCGCCCAACACGGAGUCCCUCCAUCUGCUGUUUGUAACCGCCACCUACUGCUCCAAUGAUGUACGGGAGUUGCCGCCUUUCAGUCGCAAAUGCAUGUUCGAGGGCGAGCGUCAGCUGCCGUUCUUCUGGCGGUACCGCAACUCUGACUGCGACCUCCUGUGCUUGGUGCGCGCCGUGGAGGAACGCUGCCACUGCUUAAUGCUGUACCUGCCACACCUGCGGCUGCAGCAGGUGUGCGCGGUGGCCGACAUACAGUGCAUCAUGGAAGCCAAGUUAAACCUGAACGAAUGGCUGGAGAAGGACCGCUGCGAGUGCCUCCGGGACUGCGACUCGCGCCGCUACAGGGCAGACAUCUCCGUGGGCAACCUCAACGCCGCGCCGUACCAGUACAAAGCAUUAUUAAUGUCUAAAGGUUACAACAAGAGUUCCUCCGUGUUGUUGUUCUAUUUCCCAACACCGGUGUAUGAGCUGCUGAAACAGGAGACUGUUAUGUCAUACACCACUCUAGCAUCUAACCUGGGCGGCGUGUUCGGACUGUGUAUGGGCUGCAGCGUCAUUAGCGUGAUGGAGAUCUGCUUCUACAAGUAUACCGCCAUCAGGAACUGCAUACAACGUCGCCUGCACCAGCGCCAGCGACACCGUAGGAGCAUGCCGCAUUACUAUGACUAGACAAGUACUUGAAAAACUAUAUUUCUAUCAUCGGUACUCUGGUAUAUAUAUCUGGUUAAUCUGACAGCAGGGCAAAAAUACAGGAUGUUAGUGACAUCGUAACGAAAACUUUGAGGGAUGGUUCAGACCAUGAUUCCGAGUUGAUAUCAAGUGGAAUUUUCCGUAGCAAAAGUAUGGUACAGAAAUAAUUAAAAACAAAAAAAAAUUCAUUAAUUUUCUGACAGGAAAUUCCACUUGAUAUCAACUCGGAAUCAUGGUAUUUGUUACGGUGUCACUAAGACUCGUAACACCUAUACGCACUUGUAUAGCUACCUGUACAUA